AGAAGAUCUUGUGUGUCUGCUUCAGUUAAUGUCCAAGAGUCUCUGAGGCCACAAGUGUCAGUUAGACUGUGAAGUUGGACUGAGAUUGGAGCAACAUACAGCGGUGCAGUACUGACAUCUACUAUCGUUGACCGUCCUGUGCCCAGAUUGUACUGACAAACUCUGCCUGCACCAUAUGCUCUUCUGUGUCCGCACGAACUCAUGUCCGAGGUUGGCUAAGUCCAAUGGUGCCAAAUGCCGAAGGAAGACAGUCUGUUAAAGCCCAAGGUGAAUUCGCAAAGUACCGUUGGACAGCAGGGCUCAGAGUGGCACUAGAAAUUCAUCCUCCUCUUCAAAAGCAGGUUACGACGAGUGUGCAUCUUUACAGAGGGGACACCUCAGGCUUGAGGAUGAAACACGUCCACGGAAUCUAGUCGCAGAUUAGUACUGAGAGACAGAGAUCUGGGUGCAUUGUCUUCAUAUCUACCAGCGCCAAGUGAAAUCAUUCGAAUAACGUCUAGUUGGCAAUCUAGACCAUCAUCGCAAACUUUUUGUGUAUCUCAACUGAUGUCCAAGGAUAACCAAAACCUUUGGUACUAAUGAGACAUAAUCAGCCUGCUACGGUUAAAAGCGAAUUCAAUUGUAAAGUUGGACGACAGAGGCCAGAACGCGUGUGAAAAUCCAUCCUUGUUUUCAGCCUUAGAUUGCAAUGGAUGUGCGUCCUCAUGAAGAGUGGAUCCGGGACGAGUGAGUCCUUACAGCGCACUUCCACAAAGCUGACAAUCUCAACCAACGCUAGACAUUACUGAACUGAUAGCGUAUGAGAACUCAGACCACGGGUCUUCCAGAGAUCAACGCUAGUCUCAUUAUUCUUGACAGAAAGAUACAUCAGAAAUGUGUAUAAGCUACGCCCAGAUGACAGCAGAUGUUGAAAUUGGACAGUGUUCCAGGGGUUCCACGGUAGCUUUUCAGUGUGUGAUCUCGAAUAAAGCCAGAACUUUUCAUGUCCCAUUCCCAGCUGAUGUCUGAGAGCAACUGUAAAUAACACAGGUCCAAACAAAAAUCUCCAGGGAAGGACUGUAGGCUUCUCUCUCCAUCUGCGCACUCACAGGUUAUGGCUUCAGUAGCCCAACGGGUCUUGUUAACUUAUUAGGAUCGGUAAGGCUCGCCACUCAUUCUGGGACAGGCCACUUACAGGAAGAACAGUACACCAUAUUCUGCCAAAGUCCAACGAUAGACGUCUAGUAUCUAGAAUCUGCAAUAACUUUCGAAACCAUCCCAAAUGCAUCAUAGGCCCAUUGACCACCUUAUCUCUAUAUUCACUGGGGAUGCUGAGUAGGAUAGAUUGUGAACAUCACUCUUCUACUGUCUAUAGAGUGAAAACACCACUAGUGCUAUUCCAGAUCAAUACCUAGUGAUUAAGGCGCAACUUAUGAGUGUUACCUGCGAUCAUCAGAAAGCGAAAGUAGUUGGUGUUGCUGGUUGCACCAGAUGGUCUGGGUUUAAGUGGAUGCCUACAAGAACAGUAUUGAUUAUCAAGUUGACCGCUGGGCUGAGGAAUAUGAUCGGUAUCAAGGAAUGACAUCCACUCCAUUCCGAGCCCACAUGUAACUGUAGGAUAUGAUUCUGGCAGCUGUGAUAGCUCCUCCUGUUAGCCCAUACUAUAUAGCGAAUGAGAUUUGCUUUUAUGGUGGAGUGUUUUCGCCAGCUGAACAAAGGAAACUGUGACCAUUUUCUCAACCGGUAAUGGAAAUAUUAAUCUAGUCAUAAGAACGGAAUAAAUCUGUCAGAUUCCCACUGACUGGCCGAGAAGGCUCACUGUCGCUUUUACUUAAGAAAAAGUGUGUUAAGAGAGUGCAGUUACGUAAGUGUUGUGCUUUUAGGUGGUUUUCUUGGCUAAAUAAUAACUGUAUCUGGUAGUAUUCUGAAGAUCUGCGCAUUCAACUUUGUUCUUGGUUCACGUUACUAUGCUCCCCAAUCACUGGAAGCUGGAAUGAACGGGGAAGACAGAGUAGCUUUGUUGCCUCUCGUUCAUCAGCACAGUGUCACGAGAUCGACACUUUGAAAAUAUUGCCUCACAGACAUCCGAAGCGAGUAUAGCAUUUUGGACUGACGACUAUAACAGUACAAAACUGGAAGCACCAAGUGGCUCUAUGAGGAUUCACGGAAGGUCCAUUGAACUUCCCACUCCAGUAUAUUUUGUUAAGUCGGCCGCUUUAUUCGUAAAAAAAACAACAAAGAUUUGUGUGUUCCUCCUAGCGUUAGAUAGGAAGAUUUAAAUACUAUUGAACUGUUUUUUUUAUGACAAGAGGAAUUAAGUCCUGAAGUUGAAAUCGCUGCCCGUUUAGUGAAAAAGGUUUUAAGUGCUUCGCCCACUCAAACACAAUGACGUUGUGCCAUGUAAAACAUUUAGAGGAUUGCAAUUAUCCAACGGAGUUGUUUAAUUUCAGCACGCAAAUUCUCACCUAAGUGAUUUAAACCGUGUUCUGUUAAAAUUUGGAAGGCAGAGAGUAGUAUUUUACUUUCUAUUACUCUUACGGGCAGCUCAUAGAAUCCGACUUGGUUGGUACGUCAGCUGCAGUGAGACGCAGCUGAUGGUCACCUCUUCACACUGUGCGAGCUUGUUCUAUGAAAAAAUAUACUGCAAAAAAUAGUGCAAAAACAAUCUAGUGCUCGUGUUGGAAGAAAUACUCUCGAACUAGGUGCAAGAAUACCUUUUCGAGUUGUUUGUGAUUAUUUGUCCUGUCAGAUCAGCAACCAGUGCCAUUUCCCGUCUUGACGUAACACAAACUGGAAAAUGGCUGCCAGUUUCGUGAAGAUGGUUCUCCGUCGCCAUUGCCGGCUGGACGCUGGGUGCAGCAGUCAGUUCUCUGUUCCGGCUCUCGCCUCGUUUCUGGUGAUGGUGCUGCUGACAACUCAUCCAUCGUCUGCGAAGAGGCUGCCUUUGGGCGACGGCGUGGAGAUUGCAGACUCUCAUUCAUUGCAACGUCAGAAUAUCAUGGAGGGACAUCUUCACACAGACUCGACACCGGCUGAUGACGCUGAACUUUUGCUGACAUUAUUACCUGUUGGAGAGCUUGAACUACCAGAUAAGAGGUUCUUACAUGAAGUUAGAGAAGGGGACCGUGGUCCACACUUACAUGAUCGAACCCCAAGCCUAACUGGUAAGGACGAAGAAGAGCUUCAGCCUUCUCUAAACGAGCACAAAGUCUCGAAGAAACCCUAUCGUAAGAUACUGGAUGGCCAUGGUACAAUGGUCGAGCAGCUAUACACAACAGUGUGGGAUUCAAAUAAACUUGUGAAUGAUGGCAGUCCAGCUGAUACUGAAGGCGAGGGGAACAGUAACCUCGAUUCUCGAGAUCAAGAAAUGGCAGAGUCUGUUCUCUCUGGCGAACACGAGGAGAGUAAGAUCAAACGUUCUCUUCGUCUGCCACGUUCCCCAGUUACAAGUCGUGGUUUCCUCGGAUUCUUCUCCAUCCCAAACGGAUAUGGAGUGGAUGAAGCACAAGAACAGAGACCCUUUCAUGUGUCUACUGGCUAUGACAGUUCAGAAUCAAGUAUCAACCCGCGCAUGGUAAAUAAUCAUCAGCAGUACCUACAGGAAGGACAGUGGAAUAUACAUGCACCCCAAAAUACACAUGCCAGUGCGUUUACAGAAGCACUGUACCCACUACACCAGAGAAACUUGUUACAAAUUCGUAACGGGAGAGAAAACAUCCUCCCUCAGACCACGCUUGGAGGAAAGGCAUCGUUUGGAAAUGGAGAAUAUGCUCAUUCCGCUUUAGGCAGCGAAUAUAUUAAAAACACAUUCCCCGCAAAUCUUAGGAACUUCAUUUCCCAGGCAAAUGAUUCCCAGAAAAAGACACUGCAGAAUAAGAAGAGGGAUUUGUCACGACAACAUGUCACUCUCGGGGAGAAUGUGGAGCUUGGAACAUCACAGAAGCCUACAUUGUACAGAUCUUCUGCAUUGGAGGAGUUCAACAGAAAUGACCGUCCUAUUUUGGAAAACGCUAUCACGAGAAUGGUUAUGGGAGGAGAAGGACAAUGGGAUAGACUUGUCACAGAUCAUUUCUCUAAGCUGUUCCAGCCAGUGUCACAAAACGAGGCAGUGAGCCUCACUUCACAUCACAGCGUUCCACUAGCUGUGUCUGAACAAGUGGCGUCCAUCCUGCCGAUAGACGACAAGCCGUCUGAAUACGACCACACGACAGGCUCUCUACCACAUGUUGAAGAUGUGGGUGGUUCUAUAGAUGAGGGAGCCCUUGUUCUCGAGACCGGCGACCAACAGAGAUUUUGGUUGGAUGGAGAAGGUAGUCUACUGCACGAUAACAUCUUCAGCAGGUCUGAUUACCAGAGUGGACUGAAUCCAGUUAUGGAACCCCAUGUGGGGAUCAGGCUCUUUAAGAGAUCGGUGGGCACUGAACGAUUAAGGAAAGGUGGUGUUGCUCACUUGGUUAAAAUGAUGCAAGAAGGAGCUGACAGUCAUACCUCAGCAGCACUGUCCAAGAGGUCUCCUCUGUCUACUGGGUAUGUUGCUGGCAUCACUGCUGACCUGGAUCACCACCAGCACCACGAGCACAUGGCCGUGGCAGCGACUGGUGCUGCUCAUCACCACGACACUAUUCCUCCGGCUGUCAUCCUAUCAUCAGGACACCACCACAGCGGCGACACAGCCCACCACCUGGUAUCGAAAUCUGAAACCACAGUAGGGGGUAGCGCCGGUGGCGCCAGCAGUGGUCGCGGUCCGAACCAGGAGGACUCUGGGCCUGGUGCUUUGGUGGUGCUGCAUCCGCCACAGCCACUGGUCGCAGCGCACGCUGAUGACGACACCAUACACGUCAUCGCCGCAGUGCCGUUCGCCGUCGCCCACCACCACGAACUGCACCACGAGGCAGACCACGUGCUGUCGAAGAGCACCACGCUGACCCUAGCCCAGCACGACAGCGACCCACACGUGCUGGCCAAGACGACGACGGUGACCACGGUGACGCAGCACGACAACGCGCCACUGCUCGUGGUGCACGCACCGGACGCUCCCGUGGUGCUGCUUCACCACCCAGCCGCGUCCCAGUCCUCCACGUCGACCACGACUGUGCACAAGCCCCCGGUCACACACAACCUGCUACGCGUGCCCCUCGGUGGCUUCGGAGUCGGAGUCACGUUCGGUGGUGCCGGGGCGGGACACGGCUUCUAUGCAGCAGGGUGACACGCUCGUUGCCUCUGACUCCAUAAAUAAUAUUCUACAUCACGAUUUAAUCUGUUUAUGCAGAACAUCCAAUAAACAGCAGAUUCUCUGGGGUGAUAAGUAACCACACAUUUAUUUGUUUAGGAAAUUCGAACACAAAAACUAUUUUGAGAGUAGUCUUAUCAACGUUUUUCACGUCUCUUGUUGUUGUGGUCUUCAGUCCUGAGACUGGGUUGAUGCACCUUUUCCUGCUACUCUAUCCUGUGCAAGCUUCUUCAUCUCCCAGUACCUACUGCAACCUACAAC